CUUUGAGAAGAAUAGGGAUACUGUGAAGGGAAACUGAGAUGCUUCAGGACUUGACAGAUUGAAACCAGCUGGUGAAGCAGAGCUAGUGUGGUCCUCACCUCAUGAAAGCUUCAACCCACUGCUUGGUAGAAAGGAGUAAGGAGGAUGAUGCAGGGAAAGAGAAGAGCUUUGGUCAUGUUGAAAGAGUUUGACCCAAUCUCCUCCCCAGCAGAAGAAACGUGGCUUUUGAGGGUUCUGAUGCUCAGUGAACAAGGUGGGCUUUUCCUGGUAUCAGAAGGACCUGUCUCAGUUCCUGCAGAGCUACACCAGUGUGAGUUUGAUCUGCGCAUGGGAAAUGUGCCCAGUGGGCAGAUUUCAGUUGAUGGCUUGUUUUGGAUGAUGGGAGAUGGCAGGGUACAGAAUGAGCUGGUGGUGUGCAUGAAUAGCUGUGGGCCUGAUUCACCUUUGCUAGUUGAAGCAGCUGGAUCCCACUUAGCAUCAGUGAGGUCUUCUUUCAGCCAAUGUCUUGGCCAGGGCAGUGUGACUGCUGUAGGAGGAACGCGUUUCAAAGGCUGAGAAAGAAAUGCUGCCCCAGGAGCCACAUAAAAUGAACCAAACCCUGUCAAAGUGUGAUAUUUCCUGCCAGGCACUUAACAUCAACCGAUCACACUAACAAAGUAUCAUGAGAAGAAUCUGAAACCAAACUCUCCUCCCCCUGUCAGCACCAUCAUAAAUCACUUUCAUGCUCUGCACUUGUCUGCAGACCAAACUGUUCCUUGCCAAGGCUGUAACCCUGAGGGGAUGGAAACAGAGGAGAGUCCUUAGAAAGAGGGUUUUCGGCACUGACUGCGCGCUGUGAGGAGCAGGACAGGCCAGAGAGGGACGGGACCCCACACACAGCAUUGCUAUUUGGGGCUCCCCUGGAAGCCCCCAUGAUGGGAGUCCACCCUGAAGCCAGCAAGUCCCCAGCUGACGUCCCCAAAAGCUCCGGCACCUGCUCCAGGAGUAUCUUCUGCAACAUCAAGGUGUUUGUGCUGUGCCAUGGGCUUCUCCAGCUCUCCCAGCUCCUCUACAGUGCCAACUUCAAGAGCAGCCUCACCACCAUCGAGAAGCGCUUUGGGCUCUCCAGUCUCUCUUCAGGUUUCAUCUCUAGCCUGCAUGAGAUUGGCAAUGUGGUCCUCAUCAUCUUCGUCAGCUACUUUGGCAGCCGAGUUCAUCGCCCGCGGGUGAUUGGUGCUGGGGGGCUGCUGCUGGCGCUGGGAGCAUUCCUGGUUACCCUGCCCCACUUCCUAUCAGGCCCCUAUGAAUACACCACACUCAGCAUCGGUAACAAAAGCCAGGUCCAAGCUGAACUCUGCUAUGCAGAGAAUAAGUUUGUGUGCCCAAACACCACCCAGGAUCCCCAGAAGGAGGCCAGCAGCAUAUGGGCAAUGAUGGUCAUUGCACAGCUGCUGGCUGGAAUCGGGACAGUCCCCAUCCAGCCCUUUGGGAUAUCCUAUGUAGACGACUUUGCAGAAGCAAACAACUCCCCACUGUAUGUUGCCAUCCUCUUUGCAAUUGCUGUGUUCGGCCCUGCUUUUGGAUACUUGCUGGGAUCUGUGGUGCUGCGGCUCUUUGUGGACAUUGGGAGAGUUGACACUGCUACUGUGGCCCUGACACCAGGGGAUCAGCGGUGGAUUGGAGCCUGGUGGCUGGGGCUGCUGAUCUCCUCAGGCUGCUUGGUGCUCACAUCCAUUCCUUAUUUCUUUUUCCCUCGGUACAUGCUGAAAGGACAGGACUCGAACAUGGAGGCCGGCAUGCUCAGGAAGAUGGAGAAGGGGAUGGCUGAAGAAACCUCUCUGCUAGAGUUCAUAAAAAGAUUCCCAAAGAUCUUUCUCAGGCUGCUCCUCAACCCCCUCUUCAUCCUGCUGGUGCUGGCGCAGUGCAGCUUCUCCUCGGUCAUCGCAGGUUUGGCCACCUUCCUCAACAAGUUCCUGGAGAAGCAGUACGGUGCCUCCUCCUCGUAUGCCAACUUCCUCAUUGGAGCUGUGAACCUGCCAGCAGCAGCACUCGGGAUGCUUUUAGGAGGAAUCAUCAUGAAGCGCUUUGCCUUCUCCCUCCGGGCCAUUCCCCGGUUUGCUGUGGUGGUGCUUGUCUUCUCCAUCCUCAUCUGCCUGCCCAUUUUCUUCAUGGGCUGCUCCACAGGGCGCAUCGAUGGGAUCUAUCCCCCCAGUACAUUGAGUUCCCAGCAGCAGGUUAAGACGCCGACAGGGUGCCACUGCUCUGAGCACAUCUUUCACCCAGUGUGUGGAGAAAACAAUGUGGAGUACAUCUCCCCCUGCUUCGCUGGCUGCACAAACAGCACCACUGAUUCCUCCACUCCCAAACAAGUGAUCUACAGGAACUGUUCCCUGAUCCCUGCAGGGAGUGGGCUGUCCUCUGCCAAGACAGGCUCCUGUCCUCUCAGCUGUUCUCACAUGCUCCUUCCUGCCAUAUUCCUCAUCUCCUUUGCUGCCCUGGUAGCCUGCCUGUCCCACAACCCCCUCUACAUGAUGGUUUUAAGGGUGGUGAACCAGGAUGAGAAAUCAUUUGCCAUUGGAGUCCAGUUCUUACUAAUGAGAUUGCUGGCCUGGCUGCCAGCUCCAGCCAUGUUCGGUGCCCUCAUCGACUCCUCCUGCAUCUACUGGCAGAAGCAGUGCACCCAGCGCCGGUUCUGUGCCUACUACAACAACGACUUCCUCCGCAACAGAUACCUGGGCCUGCAGAUAGGCUACAAGGUGGUGGGCACUAUCCUCCUGGCCCUCAUCAGCUGGAAGGUGAAGAGGAGUAAAGAGUACAACGUGCAGGAGAAGGCAGCAGGGCUGGUGUAACCCACCCGAGGACUGACUCCACACCUCCCAUUACCCACUGCCAGUUCUUUGUCUCUUUUGGGUUUUUCCUCCUAAGGGAGCAACUUCACCUUAGCAGCUCUGAGCUCCUCUCCUGCAGCCCAUGACAGGGCCAUCCUCCCAGCGAGGGAUGCUCUAUGCCAGCCCCAUCCUGGGACCAGCUUCUCCCAGGCUCUCCAGCUGCACCUUGCCCAUCACUUUGGAAGAGGAGGCAGAUGGGGACUGGAUCACAGCCCUAUUCUAUAUACUCAGAGAAGUGCCUGCUGUGGGCAAUGGUCCCCACUCUGGUGUGAUGUUUUCCAGCCAGGUAAUGCCCUCCUGGCUGGGGUGGGAGCAGGGGAGACAACUGCCAACCCCGAGUCUGCCCCGUGUCCCUCCCUGCCCGCACCCCUUGCAGAGGUCAAUGUGGACACUGCACACGUGAAGUUAUGUGAAGUUAUCACCAGGGGUUUACGGAGGGGGAAGAGGGGGGUUUGUUGCUCUUUAUUAUAUAUAUAUUUUUUUCUAAAUAAAGGUCACUUUUCCAACUGU